UGGAAGUUUCGAAAAGAUUCUGCGAUGAAACUUGGGGGAUCGUCCGAUUAAGAAUCAAGGAGAAGAGAUUCUGCGUAUCGUUGACAGAGGAAUUCUGGGAAUAGAUCCCUCUAAGUUCGAAGAAACUUGAGUUGGGAGGAGGAGGAAGUUGUUGAGGAAAUUAACGAGAGGGAAAAGCGAGAAAGAAGAAUAUAUAGCUUUAAGAGGAAAAUUCUUCGAUGAAGAUAUUCCAUUUUGAAGAAAAGAAGGUGUGGAAGAAGUGAACAACAAGUUAAGAGAUAAAGAUUAUUUCGUAGUCUUUAAAAAAAAAAAAAAGAAACAUUGGAUCGAAGAUAUCGCAAGAAAACGAUCGUUUUGAAUAUAUAAAAAAAAAGAAGAAAAGAGAUGUUAAGUUAGAAUCGAAAAGAAGAAAUUGUAAGACGUAAAUAGUUUUAAAAGGAAAAUUCUCCGAUGAAGAUAUUCCAUUUUGAAGAAAGGUGUGGAAGAAGUGAACAACAAGUUAAGAGAUAAAGAUUAUUUCGUAGUCUUUAAAAAAAAAAAAAGAAACAUUGGAUCGAAGAUAUCGCAAGAAAACGAUCGUAUCGUUUUAAUAUAUAUAAAAAAAAAAAAAAUGUUAAGUUAGAAUCGAAAAGAAGAAAUCGUAAGACGUAAAUAUAAUAGCUUUAAAAGGAAAAUUCUUCGAUAAAGAUAUUCCAUUUUGAAAAAAAGAAGUGAACAACAAGUUAAGAGAUAAAGAUUAUUUCGUACUCUUUAAAAAAAAAAAAAAAAGAAAGAAACAUUGGAGAGAUAAUAUUAAAUCGAAGAUAUCGCGAGAAAACGAUCGUAUCGUUUUGAAUAUAAAAAAGAAAAAAAAGAGCGGAGAUAUUAAGUUAGAAUUGAAAAGAAGAAAUUGUAAGACGUAAAUAUAAUUGUUAAUAGUAAAUAAAUUGAACAAUGGAACGGAGAGAAUUGUUUUUAGCGCGAUAAAAUCGUCUUAAACGUGUUGCGAAGAAAUGAGAGAAUAAAAAGAUAUGCGAAACCCAUCUCGUAAAAACUGAUUGAUCGCGAGAGAAACUAAUGAAGGAAGGCCAUCUCUAAUAGAUUCGCCGUUACGAUUCUAUGCGAGCAACAGAGCAGUGGAAUCGUUUUUUUACGGAUAUUAAAGCAACGCGAUAAUCUUUAUUUUCACUCUAAUUGUCGAGACACUUAACGGAGGAAUUACUUCGACUUCGUAAAGAAGAAGAAGAAGAAGAAGAAGAAGGAGAAGAAUAAGAAUAAGAAGAAGAAGAAGAAACGCGAGGAGGAGGAGGACGUUCGAAUUUUUUUUUUUAUUUUCGAGGAAAGCAAAUGGAGGAGCAGUGGACGGUGGAAAAAAAGUGUUCUGUUCUGGUCAGAGAAUAUUAUUCUUUCUCGACCCUUUUUUAUUUUUAAAUUGAACAUUUCCUGCGAUUUUACUGGAGCACGAACGCGUCCACAUGCGAACGCAGACAGUCCGCUUUGAUCACACGCAAUGACACAAGACGGAUACUUAUCCUUUCGUCGAUUAGCGUUUGCUUGGUCUUUUAAAAAAACGACCUCUCUUCGUCCACUUGAAGAUCCUCAGGCGGGUCACCGGAUCGAUGCAUAACACGCACAGGAUUUAUUAUAUAUAAGAAACGGAGAAAAACGUUACACGACAUUUUACACAAAAAUAAAUAAACAAACUGUUCCAUCCGAGACAUGGUCUCGAGGAGGAGUGUAAUUGGAAAGUGUGAUUUCUCGGAUUUUUUUUUUUUUUUCCUUUUUUAAAUGCGUCAGAAGACUCAAGAGAGAAGUUGAAUUGAUUAAAUCGCAUAAAUAGUGGAAAGAAAUUCGAGGCAGAAGUGAAGGGGGGAGAAAAAGCAACAUUCUAUUCUAAGCGGAGAAAGCAGCGGCUCGAAGCGCAAAAAGGGUGGUGAAUCGUUUCGAGGCUUAUGAACCGUGAAAUCGUUAAGAAUCUUUGAAUCUUUUUAGGAAGUUACAUCCGUUUAGAGGUGGUGGACGGGAAAGAAUUAGCGGAGCACUCGCAGACGAGAUAUAAUAUAAUCUUCUGCGUUAUGAGAUGAAGAAGAUUGUAGAAAGUCGGGAAGUUGGGAAGUGAAGCGUGUUUUAUUAUAAUAAGGAAGAGAACUUGAUAUGGAGGAUUUUUUUUAAACGACCAUCUUUGAAAGAAGAACUUGAAGAAUUUAUCAUUCGAGAGAGGAAAAAAUUGUUUCUUUUUUUUUGAUAGAAAGAAAUGAAAAGCAACGAUCAAGUCGAGCAAUUUCUUUAAGAAGAAGAAGAAAUUUCGAAAGAAACGGAAGUUGCCGCCACUGAGCGCCGCCAUUGACUCGUGAAGUCCGUCGAUCGAGAUGCCAAUACCCGUUGUCCAAGCGAACGAUCUAAUAAAUCGGGAUCUGAAAACGAAACGAGCCCAGCCAUCGCUCUAAAAACGCUCCUAUCUGAAAGAGAGUCUUACUCCACCUAAGUGGUGCAAAAAUGCGGAUGAAGCUGUUAAUCGUGGUGGUUCUGCUGGUGUCAGGAUGGAGCGACGCCAGGCCCCAGAGAACCGAAAGUUCGAUUCAAGCUCGUCCAUCGAAGGCGAACCUCGAGGAAUGGAGAACAUCCGGCGUUCGAGAAGAUAGCAGUAUCCGAGGGAACGACACGCAACGCCGCAUAAAAGAUCUUCAGCACAUCGAUCAGUCGUUAAGAACGGUGGCCACUCAAUUGUUGAACGUGACGAAUGGCGAACAGCAGCCGGCCAAGAUCCUCGACAACGCGAUCAAGAAGGCGGCGGCGGCGAUGGAAAAAUCGGCGACGAGCGACGAGGUGAAAGAGUCGAGCAACGAUCGGCACCCGAUCGGAUUCGGCAGGCCGAUCAACUCCAAGUUCAGCUACUUCGAGACCAGCCAUCCGGGCCAAGCCAUGGCCAUAACCGAGGAGGAGCUCGAGAAGGAGAUGGCCUCCACGCGUCUGAUCACGGCGUACAAGAAUCACGCGACGACCACGGGCGGCAUAUCCACGUGGAUCCUCCUCAAUCCGCCGUCCACCACCGUGAAAACCUCGAUCGAGGAGCGUAAGAGGACUAAGCAACCGAUCGCCGAAACCGAGGAGGCGAGGAUCACCCCUUCAACGGUGGACGCCACCGAAAGAGGGGCCACGGAGAAGGUGAUCACCGUAACGACCCUCCCCGAAGAGGAAUCGGCCGUUACGAGGAAAUCGGUCCUCCUUCCAACGACCACGACGAGCAAGCUCGAGUCGAAAUUGGAAAAGGUGGAGCAAGGCACGGAGAAAGCGUCGGAGGUUAUCCAGAGCACAACAACCGUUUCGAAGAUCGGCCAGGUGCCUACCGAUCAUUCGGAGGUUACGUACGUCAACGUUACGAGAAAGAACCAGAUCGCGAGUCGAACGACUCCUAAACCGAAGAUAGCCACCACGAAGACCACGGUUCUGGCUUCGAAAGCCCCGAUCUCGAAAGCGCCCAAUCGGCCUAACCAACAGAGCAGGCCGAAGCAUCCGAACAGAAAUCGGGUCGCUGUUAAACCGGACGUCGGUAAGAACGAGAGCGUUUCGGUCGGUAAGAUAGAGAAGGUGACGUUCAGACCUGUCCAGAUGAUCGCCGUUCCGAAGAACACCGAGAAACCUAUGUUCGUGACCAAGAUCAAAGCGUCGAUCCUGAUGGACAAUCAGAAGACCCAGACCACCCCUCAGACGAGCGGAAGCGCGGACAUCGUCGCUUCGACGACCUCGAAACCUUCGACUUCGACCGACCACCAGAACCUGCCUCCGCCUGAGGCGCCCGUCUCGAAGCUCAAACCAGUCGGGACGAAGGUGAACAACGUGUUGAAGGUGCAGUUGAGGAAACCCGUGGACGAGACGAGGAUCGAGAUCGAGCCGAUCAAGGUGAACGCCCCCGUGUUGAAGAUCGAGAAGGUGGAGAAGGGGCAGGGUUUGGCGCACGACACCAAGAUAGAUCUGAUGAAGUUCGAUUUCAAUCCCGAGCUGACCAAGAUCAACGUCGAUCAACUGUCCUCCUCCUCCUCCUCCUCCACCUCUUCUUCUUCCGCGACACCCUCCACCACCUCUCCUUCCUCUUCCUCCUCCUCCUCCUCCUCCUCUUCUUCGACCACCACCACCACCACCACCACCACCACGACCAAGAGGCCCAAGAGAAAGAAGAACAAGAACAGAAGGAGGAAACCGAUCGCCUCGACGACCACGACCACGUCCACCACGACUGUCGUUCCCAGCUCACCGAUACCAAGCUUGACCGAGGAAAUCGAGCCGAGUGUCGAGAUCGCAGAGGAGGGGGGUGAGAAUGGAAUAGCACAGGAAUCGAAGAUAGCGCCCGAGACGAAGGUGGGGCAGAAGACGAAGAAGAAGCCUGCCCCCUCAUCUGGGAUCAGCACUCAGAUAUACAACUUUUUGAGCCGAGAGGUGAUGCCGAGCUUCGGCGUCAUGUCGUUGGUGGGCCUCGGCCUGGGCCUGGCCUCCUACUUCCUCUACCCGUUCGGUGGAACCGCGGCCAGGAGGAACUACGUGGAGGUGGAGCCGAAAUACAAGUACAACUUCGAGGAAUACGGGGGGAAUUACGGGCAGAGCGAGGAGGAGGUUCUGUCCAAGGUCCUUCAAGGGAUGACCACGGACGAGGUGACCAAGGGCCACCAAGGGUCGAAGGUGUACGAGGACAAUUACUACGCGUACCAGCGUUACGACGCCCCCUUCGACCAUCGCCAACCGACCAACAGGAACAACGAUCAGCAGCGCUACUCCUCCCCGACCUUAUCCUCCCCCGUCUAUCACCCCUCGGAGAACACGGCCCCGUCGCACAAGUACACGGAUUAUCGUUAUUAUUCCGACCCCUCCAGCACCCCUCCGAACCCGUACCACGACGGGACCAGGCAUCGAGAGUACGUGGUCGGUCCCGGCGUUCAAGGCUCGGCGAAUCGGCAAUUCGUCGUCGGAAGCGUCCCGAACGCGUAUCCCCCUCCCUACGAGGAGAAGAUCCUCUCGAGCGUUGGAAAAUUGGGGAACGGUUACGGGGGAGAGGGGACGGAGAGCAGCGGGGGGGGCCAGACGCGUACCGGGUACGACGUGACGAGUCACAACUUCAACGUGGGAGUGGGCAGCGUUCAGAAUUACGGAGGCCAGAUCAAGACGGCGAGGCCUGACGAGGGUUACGAGGAGGUGGAGAUUACCCCUACAGCGGUCGCCGUGGAGCACGGGCCGAGGUCUCUGAGGAUUAAGAGAUCCGUCCUGGGACGAGAAUCGUCGGGUAGGGUUAGGAGGGAUUCCGUGAUUCAAGUAAUUCCCUCGAAACGGGAGCUGGAGGAGGAGAGGAGGGAGGAGGAGUUGAGCAACGAGAUCCUCGACAUUAUCGACUCUGCCUUACCGGCGGAGGGGGAUUACGAGGAGGACGGAAUGGGGGGGAGGAGGAAGAAGAAGAAGGAGGAGGAGGUGGAGGUGGAGGACGAUCUCGAGAAACGGGACUCGAGCACCGUCGUUUCUUCGACGAGGACGAUCGAAUCAUCAUCCUUUUCCUCCUCCUCGUCCUCGUCCUCGUCUUCCUCCUUGGAAAAUUUCGAUUCCGAGGGGGAGGCGAAAGGUACGAGCACCGUCGAGAGCGUCACGAUCGAUCCGACCACGAAGAAGCCAGCCGAGCAGAACGGUUUCAAUCUCUUCAAUUUCGUGAAGAAGAUCGCCGAGAUCAAGUUCCGGCUCGGUCUCACGCUUCUUAAACACGCCAGCGAGGGUUUCGCCAGAUAUCUCGGCCACGUGCAGAAGAGGAUCAACGGGGAGGAGUGAGGCGGAGUCCUCUCCUCGGUGGAAAUGGUGGACUCGAGCGACGAUUCGUAGCGUCAGCUAUGCUCGCGGCACGUAUCCAUCUUAUAUUCCUCGAGGACCUCGUUUCGAAGGAAAAAAAAAAGAAAAAGAAAGGAACGGAAAUCGCGUCAUUGACGCUCGAAUCUUUCCGAUCGAAUCUGAAAUAUCUUCGUCGUUUCCUUUUUUAUCUUGUAUCUUCACUUUUUUUUCUUUUUCAGGAAAGAAAUAUUCGUUUCUGAACCGAUAAAGAUGUUUCCCCGAUGAAGAUUUUCGUCGAGAAAAAAUAACAUUUGUUGUUUAAGCUUAGGAACGAAUAUUUCCCCUUUUCUGGUGAAAAUGAUGAAGUUAUUUUAUUAUUAUCAUCUAGACGAUUCAUCUUUUGUUAGCGCGUUUUACUCUAACGAUAAAGAUCUUUUCUCUGCGUUCUUUUUUUUUAAUUUAUAAAUAUUCUUAUACGUAAUUUUUAGAACGUUUAGAAUUUUACAACAUAUGCAAGCUAAUCGUUUAAACUUUAAACCGUCGGAUUGGAUCAAGGAACGAAGAUUGGAUUAUUCCUGGACAACAGGAACAAGAAGCUUUAACAGUAAAUAGGAUUUCUCGCACGGAGUGCUAAAAAAGAUGCAUUCUACGAUAGUUUUUUCGAAACCACCAGAAAGUUUCGAGAAAGAUAAAGGUUUUGAAAGACUAGCAGCGAAAAAUUCUAUUCCUUUAUUUUUCGAACGACUCUUUUAUUCUUCGAUCGGUAUCUUUCGUAUCGGUAUUUAUGCCUUUUAUUUAAACCGAGCAUCGAAAUGUAAAGUAUAAAUACACACAUAUAUAUAAAUAAAUAAAUAAAUAAUAAAUAAGAUAAAUGUCUACGUGUUAUCCUAACAUGUGUAUAAAUAUAUGAAGAAACUUGUAAUAAAAAU